AUGAGUAUCUGCGCACCUUCCAAUAUCAACCUCCUCUGGGCCAUCUGGGUCCCUUCCGCAGUGUUCGAAUCGGUCCUCGCCGUGUUCGUACUCUGGGUAGCUGGGAAGCACAUGAAGUUCACGAAGGGACUGUCCUCGAACCAGGACAAGGGCGGGACUGCGAUCUGGACCGUCCUACUACGAGAUAGUAUACUAUAUCCAUUAAUAACGGUUUCCUUGUAUGUCACGAACGCGGUCUUGUGGAGUACUUUGCCCCCUGAGCUUGUACAGUUACCAGAGGCCGCCGUUUCUUGCGCCGCUUGCGUUCUCGGCUCGCGCCUGGUCCUAAACCUCCGGGAAACGUACUAUACACCCUUCACCGACGAAGUUAAUAUUGCGACAGAGCAUCAGUCAGAUAUUCAGCUAAAUGACUUGCCUCCUCCAGAAGACGAUCCGGAAAUACCAGCACUAACACUUACCACCUCGGGCGAUGUAGAGAAUCAGCAAUAUCUCGCGGAGUUGUAA